UUUAAGACGACAGAGGCGGCAGUAUUCUGAUUCUACUAGGCUUGCGCAUCGAUCGCUAGUGGGAGUGACGUCCGAAUCCUACCGUGUGCCCACCGCGUGCGUGCUUAGCUUUCCCUCCACCACCACCACCGCGGCCAUGGUGUCGUCUCGUCCAGCAUCACUCCCUCUCCCUCUCCUCUAUUUCUACCACAUCCUUCUCCUCCUCCUCCUCUGCACACCUGCGGCCAUUAGCAUCGCUGCUUAGCUUAGCAUAGCAACCCGAUCCUCCCUACCCAAACAGAGAAGUAAACACAAGGCGGCUCUGCACACCGGCCGGAGAACAAUCUGGCUCUGAAUCUCUUGCUGCCUGGGAGAGGAAGCCUAGGUUGCCAAGACGGCUCCGCGGCGGCGUCUCCGGCUAAUCUCCGGUCACUCUGGCCUUCCCCGUGGUGGUGCCGCCGCCGCCUCGCACGCUGAGUGAGGUGUGGCGUGCACGGGAGCAUGCGACCUCUUCCACCGUCGUCGUCCUCCCGAUCUCGCCGUCGCUGCUGCGGAGGGUCUCUCCCGUGGACAACGGCUAAGUUCUAACGAGCAGGCUGAAAUUUUGGAAGGAAUUCGUCUGAGGAAGGAAGAAAUUUUGGGAGGAGGAGUGAUCUCGGGUUGGAGAAGAUGACCAAGAUGAGCUGCAUCCCCGCUCUGCUCGCCGGCAGGAGGAAGAAACGAGUGGUUGCUGAUGCGAAGAAGGUUAGCGGGGACUGUCCCAAGGUGAAGCCGGUGGAGUUCAUCGACGCGCCGGCGGCCAAAUGCGGCGACAAGGUCGUCGUCGACGCGGUUGCCGCCGUGGUGGCGAUCAAAGGCGGAGGCGGCGGCGACAAGGCGUCGGCGAAGAAGGGCAGCCUGUCGUCCGAGUUCGAGUUCGAGUUCGAGUUCCACCCGAGCGAGAAGCCCGACGACGGCCAUAGCGCGGAGAAGGGUGUUGCCGUCGGCGCCAUGCCGGACGCGGCGAUCGCGAGCGGGACAGAGGUGGAGGAGGCGGCGGCUGUGGUGGUGGACGCGUCGCCGAAGCUGAAGCGGUCGUGCUCCAACAUCGAGACGAAGCGGCCGGGCGGCGCGCAGGACGCGGCGGAGGCGCCGGCGCGGUCGAGGUCCUACGGCGAUCUCAAGAACCUGCACGGCGGCCUCUCCUUGGAGACAACGCCGCACGGCGCGCCGCCGGAGGCGAGCCCGGCGUCGGCGCGGACGUCGCGCACCGCCGACCGCGUCAUGCUGAAGAAGCGCUCGUCGAGCCAGGUGCUGCCGUCGCGGAGCCGCAAGCUGUGGUGGCGGCUGUUCCUCUGGAGCCACCGCAACCUGCACCGGCCGUGGCCGGCGGCGCGCCCGGCCACGCCCACCGGAGGCCACCACGGCGGCGGGUACACCUCCGACACGCUGGAGGAAGGCCCGCCCGCCGCAGCGGACCGCAAGAACAAGAAGGUGAUGGUCGACGACUCGCCGCCGAUCCCAAACCAGUGGGUCGCCUUCUCCGCCGAGAACUCCCUCCACGACCGCGUCAGCGCGUGGGUGAACAGCAUCGGCAACGACACGUUCCGCAUCGCCGAGGACGGCGACGACGACGACGAAGACAACCACAACCACUACCACCACGUCGACGUCGACGGCGGCGACGAACGAGCCGCCAUGGAGCACGGUGACUGCACGGCGCGGCCGCGCACCCUGGAGGUCGGCGAGUCAUCGGGGAAGGGGCACGGCAAGCCGAGGAGGUGCACGGCCGCCGACGAGGUGGCUCAAGCCAACACCAUCAUCCAGUCCCUCAACGCGUUCUCCUCGGUGGCGCACAUCUCCGGCAUGGGCCUCAAGGUGGUGCCGAUGAUCGCGCCGUUCUCCAGCCUCCGCGCCGUCAACCUCUCCGGCAACUUCAUCGUUCAUAUCUCGCCGGGAUCUUUGCCCAAGGGCCUGCACUCGCUCGAUCUGUCGCGGAACAAGAUCACAAACAUCGAGGGGCUCCGGGAACUGACAAAGCUGCGCGUGCUCAACCUCAGCUACAACCGGAUUUCGCGCAUCGGCCACGGGCUGUCGAGCUGCACGGCGCUGAGGGAGCUGUACCUGGCCGGGAACAAGAUCAGCGACGUGGAGGGGCUGCACCGGCUGCUGAAGCUGGCGGCGCUGGACCUGGGCUUCAACAAGCUCACCACCACCAAGGCGCUGGGCCAGCUGGUGGCCAACUACCACUCCCUCCGCGCCCUCAACCUCGUCGGCAACCCGGUCCAGGCCAACGUCGGCGACGACGCCCUCCGCAGGGCCGCCACGGGCCUGCUCCCGCACCUCGCCUACCUCAACAGGCAGGCCGUCAGGCCCCGGGAGGCCGCCGCCGCCGACGGCGCCGUGUCGCGCGCCGCGCUCGACGGCGGCGGCGGGGGCGGCGCCGCCGCGCGCAGGCGGUCGGCGUCGCGGCGGCUGGGGCAGCAGCGCGGGGACGGGAGCGGGAGGAGCAGGUCCAAGGGGAGGCAGUCGUCGAGCGGCUUGGCGUCGAGGAGGUGAGGGUGGCGCGAGGAGGAAGGAGAAGCAAGCAAGGUUCCAUGUGUUUGGAAAUAAUGUGCAUGUACAUACUACAUUCGAAUUUGAAUUUGGAGGGUUUUUGAAAUUUGAAUUUGGAUUCGAGAGAUGGAGAGAGAUUUGCAUUGCUGUGGGGUGUGAAGUUUUGAGUUGACUGAAUAUUCAGUAUUGUUCAGUUGCAAAUUGAAAUGCAGCUCAUUGGCUCUGAUGAGGGAAAAUGAUGUCCAAACUGGAGUAUUUUUUUGUCCUAAACAUUUUGGAAUUUUGGACUGUUUGAUUUCUAUGAUACAAUAAACAGCCGAAUUAACUGUGUAAAUGUUAGAAGUUUUGGAAUUG